GAGUUUGCAAAGAGAAAACAAAUCCAAUCAAUUCGAAGCUAUCUUCUUCCUCGCGUCGAUCUCUGUAUCGAUUUCUUCUUCUUCUUCUUCUUCAGAUCUCUCACGACAAUCUUUGAGAUCUGAAUUAUCCUACGAUCAGGAGGAAAAUAUGUACGGAUUCGAGGCGCUUACCUUCAACAUCCAUGGCGGAUACUUGGAGGCGAUCGUCAGAGGUCACCGUGCUGGUCUUCUCACCACCGCCGAUUACAAUAAUCUAUGUCAGUGUGAGAACCUAGACGAUAUCAAGAUGCAUCUCUCUGCCACCAAAUACGGCUCUUACCUCCAAAACGAACCGUCACCUCUGCAUACCACCACCAUUGUGGAGAAGUGUACUCUCAAGCUUGUUGAUGACUACAAGCAUAUGCUUUGCCAAGCUACUGAGCCAAUGUCUACCUUUUUAGAGUACAUCAGAUAUGGCCAUAUGAUCGACAAUGUCGUGCUCAUUGUUACUGGAACCCUGCACGAGAGAGAUGUUCAAGAGUUGAUCGAGAAAUGUCACCCUUUAGGCAUGUUUGACAGUAUUGCUACACUAGCAGUUGCGCAGAACAUGCGGGAACUCUAUAGGUUGGUGCUUGUGGACACUCCUCUGGCUCCAUACUUUUCUGAAUGCUUAACAUCAGAGGAUCUCGAUGACAUGAACAUAGAGAUUAUGAGGAACACCCUCUACAAAGCAUACCUUGAGGAUUUUUACAAGUUCUGUCAGAAACUUGGUGGCGCAACAGCAGAGAUUAUGUCUGACCUUUUAGCCUUUGAGGCCGAUAGAAGAGCAGUGAAUAUCACUAUCAACAGCAUUGGCACUGAGCUCACAAGAGAAGACAGGAAGAAAUUGUACUCUAACUUUGGUCUGCUCUAUCCAUAUGGUCACGAAGAGCUUGCUAUCUGCGAGGAUAUAGAUCAGGUUCGUGGUGUUAUGGAGAAAUACCCUCCGUAUCAAGCUAUAUUCUCCAAGAUGUCUUAUGGAGAGAGCCAGAUGCUUGACAAGGCAUUUUAUGAAGAAGAAGUCCGAAGGCUUUGUUUAGCCUUUGAGCAGCAGUUCCAUUACGCUGUAUUCUUUGCGUAUAUGAGGUUGAGAGAGCAGGAAAUCAGGAACCUGAUGUGGAUAUCUGAAUGUGUUGCACAGAACCAGAAGUCCAGGAUCCACGACAGUGUCGUCUACAUGUUCUGAGUCUGGUAAGAAGUCAAAAACACAUAAACAAAUGUGAAAUCUGAGUCUGGUUGUUUGGUUUCUUAAUCACUCAUGUACAAUCGUUGGUUUUACAUUCCCUGUUUCUGUCGCUCUGCAUUUUACCAGUGCGUGUAUUGAGUAUUCCCCAAUAAGAAUCUCUCCAUUUGUUUGUUUGUUGUUGGCCAUAUUCUUGCUUGGUACUCUUUUGUAUGCCAAUACUCUCUUGUAAUAUCAAACUAUUUAUGAGGCAUACGAAUUACUUUCGCGGUCA